AUAGGGGCCCCCUUAUCCUAAUAUGCCCAGGACCUCCAUUAGGUCAAAGACGGCACUGGAUGUGACUGUUUACAGUAGAAUCUUUAAUACAUUUUAUUUUCUAUUAAAUAGUCACCUUAUUCCAUGAUUCAAAUAUAUAAUUUAUGAGAUCAUCAUGUUGAUUGGUGUUAUUGUUAUUAUUGUGUGCGUUGACUUGCUGCGGUUGCAUUGGUGGACUGAGACGUGCUCCGUUAUGCCCAUUACCACUGUAGCCAUUACUGUUGUGUCCGUUUCCAUGAUUGUUUCCGUUAUGUCCAUUACUGUUAUGUCCAUUUCCAUUAUGGCGUUUGCUUCCAGUCAUGUGUGGUAAGGAACGAGGACCACUGUUUACAUAGCUUGAUCUAGAACUCAUAUUGUUACGGUCCAUCUUUCAAUAUAGCCCGCUUAUACUCGUUUUUAUUGUUAACCUUAUGAUAAAAUCUCAAUGCCAAUAAUUUAAUGCUAAGCUUAUGCACUAAUACAUGUCGUAAUAAAAGUAAUUGUAAAAAAGCUGUAAAUAACAAUAAAACACCAAAGAUAAAUAGACGGGACGCCACACAACACGACAAAAUUGUCAAUAGUUAUCAGCUGCACUUCCGCAAAUUGAUACUCAUUGUCGAUUGGUGUUUAUAUGACCGGACGUGCCAUUUUAACCAAUCAGCAUGAAGAGCUAGCCUGCGAUGGGAAAUGUGAACCAAUGACCAUCAGUUAUUGACAGGAUCUACAAAAACCUUAGCGUAUUUUUUUUUUUAGUUGAUGGUAAAGAAUUCAUAAAUGUACAUACUUGGUCUGUAUUUCUUUUGCUCAUAUGAAAUUGAAAUGUGUAUUUUUUUUUCAAUAUCUGUGUUGGCCUACAUUCCAAACCUAUGCUCUUAAUGCAACAUUGUACUCUGUCAUUUCAAUUUUGCCAUAAAAUGUAUGAAACUUUUUGGCGUUUGUUGCCUUUGCACCUGCUUGGAACGAACGCAACCUUGUUGUCAAAUAAUCCAUUUGCCAUUGCCAUUACAGAUUUUAUACGUCGCUGAUCAUAAAUAAACAUAAAUUUUGUUUGCGAUCUAAAAAUUAUUUGAAAAAAGUGAUGAAUAGGAAAUAAGUACUGAUCAAAAAUUUAAAUAUGUCAGAAAAAUUAGGUUUCGAAGAACUAAGGGCGAAAUAUAAGGAUGUGUUAUCAAAGGCAUUCGCUACCAAUAACAUUGAUUUACUUGAUUCUUUUACUAAGAAUACCAAUGAGGUGGACCGAAAAGCAGCAAUGGACCAAGCAUUUCGAGACAAAUUAUUGGAAUUACUCAUCGAUGAGCCAGACACACUUGAAAACUACGUCUGUUUUUGUAUAGAGUCCUGUAGACGGCAGAUGGUGACACCAACAAUGCCAGUUGUUCUCCUUGGUGACAUAUUUGAUGCACUAACAUUGAACAAGUGUGAAAAGAUGUUUACAUAUGUUGAAAAUGGAGUAAACAUUUGGAAGGAAGAACUAUUCUUUGUGGCCUGUAAAAAUAAUCUGCUCCGUAUGUGCAAUGAUCUUCUGAGACGUUUGUCACGAUCACAAAAUACAGUUUUCUGUGGUCGUAUACUGCUUUUUCUAGCAAAGUUCUUCCCAUUCUCUGAGCGCUCAGGACUCAAUAUUGUUUCCGAGUUUAAUUUAGAGAACGUUACAGAAUUUGGAGGAGACAACUCAAGUAAUUUAAAAGAUUCUUUGGAAGAAGAUAUGGUUGUAGACAAUGAGAAAAGCAAAUUGGGUAUAGACUAUAACUUGUAUUGUAGAUUUUGGAGCCUUCAGGACUUUUUUAGGAAUCCAAAUACAUGUUACAAUAAAUUACAAUGGAAAACUUUUGUUGCACAUUCGGGCAGUGUGCUUUCGGCAUUCUCAUCUUACAAGUUGGAAGCUGUUGAACUACAGAAGGCUAAACUGAACAGACUGAAGGCAGUAAACAAUGACAUUGAAAUGCAGGAGUCAAACAAAGAACAGCAUUACUUUGCGAAAUUCCUAACCAAUCAAAAGCUACUGGAGCUACAAUUGUCCGAUUCCAAUUUUAGACGAUGUGUCUUGAUACAGUUCCUGAUUUUGUUCCAGUAUUUAACUUCCUCAGUUAAAUUUAAAAUGGAAUCGCAAGAGUUAAAGUCUGACCAGCAGGAUUGGGUGAAGGAGACUACUUCUUUAGUGUACAAACUUCUUGGUGAAACACCACCUGAUGGCAAACGCUUUGCAGAAUGUGUCAAACACAUCCUUAAGAGGGAAGAGCACUGGAACAACUGGAAGAAUGAUGGAUGUCCAGAAUUCCAAAAACCAAAACCACCAGUCCAAUCUGACACAACGGAUGAGGUGCGGAAAUCCAGGAAAAGGCGGCGUCCCGUCGGCGACAUCAUUAAGGAAUAUGAAGGUCAGCAAAAGAGCUACAUGGGAAACAACGAGUUAACAAAACUUUGGAACUUAUGCCCUGACAACUUAGCUGCUUGUCGUACCAAGGAGAGAGACUUCAUGCCCUCACUAGAAUACUACAUGGUGGGCGUUGAUCGCGACGCGAGACGCACUUCUUGCGGGGGGUGGGGAUGGCGGGCGCUACGGUUACUGGCGAGGCGAUCGCCGCACUUCUUCGUUCACACCAACAACCCCAUAGGCCGCCUGCCCGACUACCUCGACGAUAUGGUGGAUCGAGUAACUCGUGAAGUUGCCGCGAAUGCAGCCGCCAACAACGCGAAUGGAGAUUCUUCGGGUAACACUAGCGACAAACCCAUGAAAGAAAAUACAGAAGAAGAAAUCACAGAAGAGCAGAUGGAAGCCGAUCUCAUAAAGGAAGGAGACGCCACCGAUAUAGAACAAGUACCAGAUUCUACGCACGCCGGCGAAGAAGACUACGACAAGUCUUCCCGCACGCGUCUCACCAUGAUAUCCCCCUCGCAACUCGAUGCGGUCUCCUCAAAACUCGCCGAUUGGAAGAAGCUAGCCACCAAACUCGGCUUCAAGGACGACGAAAUACAAUUCUUCGAGACGGAAAACGCAACGGACCCGUCCAGAGCCAAGAAUAUGCUGCAACUCUGGUUCGACGACGAUGAAGACGCUUCGGUUGAGAAUUUACUUUAUAUAAUGGAGGGGCUCAAAAUGGCCGACGCCUGCGAGGCACUGAAAAACGCCAAAUGACGUUUACUAAAACGUAGCUCUAAGAGAAGACAAUAAACUUUUUGUAUUAUUCAAUGAGUUGUGGUUUUUAUUUGUGCUCUUAUGAUGAUUAUUGAAUACCGUGUAAAUUGUAUUUGGAUAGUGAACCUCUCUUAUUGCAGUGAGAUUACAGAAUAAGAUACAGGGUUUGUCAUAUUUAUAUGGUAUGGUAGACAUGCUAUGAAAAGCAACAUUGGUAGGUCGAUAAUUAAAUAACAUAUCUCUAUUAAAAUGUAAAGAAAAUUUUACUAGAGAAAAAUUUACACGGACCAUGCAUCAGACGGGACUCCAACCCGCACCGUCCGCUUUUCUAGCAAAAUUUUCUUUAGAUUUAAACAUCUAGCAGUUAAAUGUUUAAUAUAUAAAAAUAUAAAUAUAAUUACUAUUAUUUCUUUCAAAUAUCUAUUACUUGUAAAAGUUUUCAUUUGACAUUGUGGGUUACCUACGAAGAGAUGGCGCUGCCUUGCAGCCUAAGAAAUACUAGAGAAAAUUCGUCACGGACAAUUAGGGCCGCGGUUGCAUAAUGGUCAGUUCAUCCGUCCGAAUAGCGGAGGUAGUCUGUUGCUUGUCCGCGUAGAUUUUUUUCUUGUAAAGUAUUCUUUAGAUUUAAAGAUCUAGCAGUUACUCUCGCACUUAAAAAAUAAAAAAAUAUAAAUCUAAUUUUCUACUUCAUCAAAACUACAAAAUUGAUAAUAUAGGAAAUUAUGUAUCAUUCGAAUUCGGUGACAGAAUUUUUGUAUACUACUUUUUCUUUUUUUUUAAGUUUGUCCGUUACAAACAUACAAAAGACCUAAAAUUUUAAUCGGCACGAUCUUUCAGAGGUUUAAGAAACAAUUACUUUGUUAUAUGUGUGUUACUAUAGCUACCAUGACCUAGUCUACACCAAAUCAAAAUGAGAUUUUUUAUUGCGAAUUUGUAGUAGGUACCUAUUCACAUAUUUGACUUUUGAUGAUAUCAUUCGCUGCUAAAUAUAUAACAGAAUUUAUGGUCAAUUCAUACUAGCCCAGAGGCGAAGCGAAUUUCAGAAACAGUAACAUAGCAAAUUCACCCUUAUCUCGACAACAUAAGGCACAUAUGCUGCCUUCGCGCGAAUUCCGUCGAAUGUGCGCGACUUUUUAUCUCAGAAGGAAUAUGCAUAUUACGUUGCAGAGAUAAUACUGACUUCGCUUCGAUGCGCUUCGACUCUGCUCUUGUAUGAAUUGACAAUUAUUGUAAAGAAACAAAACAUAAUUAUUCUGCUUACUAAAUAAAACAAGUUUUAACGGUAUAGACGCACUGAUUUAUUUAUUUAUUGACAGUGGCUGAUUUGCAGUCUCGGCCGCCAUAGGCCCCAAGCCAUCAGCCGCCCUAUUCUCAGCAUUCACCAUAGACUAUAUAUAAUGAAAUGAGAAAAUUAAAACAUAAAUAAAUUAGGAAAAAAUAGUUUGAUUUCUCAAGAAUAAGAUACAUAAGUUGUUAUAAUUAAUAAUUUACUCUAACAUACUCUGCCAACUUGGCAUUUGAGUGGUGAGCGUGAAAAUCUAAGAAACAAAUAUUCUGCUUACGUCCACCUACUCUGCGAAGAUUCCAGACCCAAAAUCUUUUUCCUUUAAGUGUUGCUGCAAAUGUGACAGAUUUGAUUUACAAAUAGAUAAUCAUUACAUAAAUAAUCACUAAUGUUAAAUUUUUCCCGUGCAUAGAAUAUUUUUUAAAAGAAAUUACUACCGUGCCUAAUUCAUGUUGGCAUCAUAAUAUUUCAUCAUAAUUUAAAACCGAUUUGAUUUUUUGUUAACAAAUCAAUUCAAAAGCUGGUUAAAAGCUUUCGCCAGGUUUCAUGAAAAUAUGUAAACAUUAUAUUACUCUACUUCGAUUCUAGACUGGAAAUCACAUUUAUUUACUCGGUUCAUUUUGUAUUUAGGACUACACUUAUUUACGGUGUUCUGAAACAUACAAAAACUAUUUUUGCGUUUACAAAUUGAUAGCGCAGACGGUAGUUUUCAAUAACACUCUGAAAGAUUUAUAAAACCAUUCAACAAUGUUGGCCGCGCCGAAAUUAUAACUCGCACGCAUUUCCUCAUCCCGGCUGAGUCACGGCGUGCCCAAAACAGAACUUAUUACGUACACACUUCCACAGAAUUAAAUUUAACUUACGAUUUCAGCCUUUCGUGCUUUGGUCUUAGAGAUUGAGUGAAUUUAUCGCGUAAAAUUGUGGUAGAAUGAUGUGACUAGUUUGUGAUGAGCUAUCACACGGCCUCGAGCAAUGAUUGGGUUGAGGAGCGCGAAGGAGAGCAGAGUGGUGGGCGUGUCAGCAUAAGCUGGGCGCGUACACGCCGCGCCGCGGUGUUUACAGAAUCGCGGAAUAGUCGCUGCACCGAAAUUAGUUUGAAACGAAUGCGUCAAUGGGCAGCCGGGGCAGCGGUGCGCGCGCGAUGCUCCUGAAAUAUUAUUUUUAUGAUUCGAUACGCGUCGAGAUUUUUAUAUUAAAAAUAUAUCGGGGGAGAGGCGGCCGCCGCUGUGACGUGCGUGCAAGGGUGCUCGACGAACGAGGAUUUUGUGUGAUGUGCCGGAAUUAUAUGUGAGUGCGAUCUUUUUCUAUCAUCAUCAUCACUAAAUAGAUUGAAAGUAAUGUUGUGCGUGUGUAGAUUUGGCUUUCUUAACUUUUCGUUAGGAAACCUUUGUGUUAGGUCGGGAAAUUUCGUUUAGAGGACGCUUUCGUGGUGUCAAAGUUCAUUAUUGUAUUGAGUACAAUGUUCAUAGAUUCUGAAAUUGUUUUGUGUACCUAUGAUACCUGAAUUUAAAAAAAUAUUGUAUAAAAAACUUUAUACAAUCAUGUAUGCUGCAUAAUAUUACUUUGAAUUAUUCUGUAGGAUUCUAACACAACAUCUCAACUUUACUGGAUGAUAUAAAACUUAAGGAAUACCAAGGCAAAAGAAUUAAAAAAAACGAAUAAAGAUAGUUUUUCAUUCCCAUUAAGUAUUUCAUUAAAAUUUUCUUGAGAACGAAUGAAGGUAGAUUUUUUUUAAUGUGAUAGGUACCUAUAUGAAUUUAAUGUGAACAAUGAUGGUGCUUAUAGCACCGUAACUAACGAAAUAUUUUUUUGAAAUUUAAAAUUGAAAUAAGUAGGUAAUAAGAUUAUAAACAUUAUACACAUACACAGUGGUGGUCACAUAAUUAAAGACACCUCCUAAUUUACCACAAAAAACUAACUUAUGGUACUAACAUUACCUAAAAUUGGUAUUUAAUCCAGUUAAAUUUAUUAUUGGAAUUAUCUUUAUUACACAAUAUUCCUAACACAUUUAUAAAACUUUCCGGUACGUAUCAAUAUUUGGUCGCAUGUCCUUUGGCAGAAAUGACAGCACGACAUCCGUGCACGACAUCUCUUGGGCAUGAAAGCGAUCAAUUUUUUACAAGUUUCCACCGGAACUUGCUUCCAAGCUUCUCUUAAAGCUGUGUAAAGUUGAUCGAUGUUUAAUGUCCGUUUUGUCGCCACUGUCUUCUUCACCAGUUACCACAAAUUUUCUAUUAGGCUUAAAUCAGGACUGUACGGGGGCCAAUCCAAAACUGUCAGAGACUAGUUCUUUAAAAAGUCUUUUAUUACUUUUGCAGUGUGUUUCGGAUCAUUAUCCUGUUGGAAAGUCCAAAUGACCGGUAAAUUUUGAUCGGCAUAGGGCAACAUGGCUUGUUCUAAAAUAUUCUUGUACAUACUGAAAUUUAUCCAUAUUGCCUUCUAUUUUCUUGACAGGUCCAACACCAAGUCCUGAGAAACAGCCCCAAACUUUUAUAUUUCCGCCCCCAUGUUUAACUACUUUCUUGGUAUACUUAGGAUCCAUUUCUUUGUUCGGGAGGCGUAUAACAUAUUGGUUUCCUUCAGAAUUAAUCAUAUUAAUUUUUGUUUCAUCAGAGAAAAGCACAUGUUUCUAUUUUCGUUCAGUCCAGUGUACAUAUUUUUUAGCAAAUGCUAAUCUUGCCUUAACAUUUUGCUUUUUCAAAAGUGGCACCUUCCGAGACACUCUUUCGUACAAGUUUACCUCACAUAGUCUCCGUCUAAUUGUUCUUGCAGACAUACCCUUCGAACUUCCUGCACCAACCAACUCCGAACGUAUCAGUUCUGAUCCCUUGAACGGAUCUUUUUUUGCCAACAACACCAUCUUAGAGUCUUCCCGCAGAGAAGUUUUUCUUGGUCUCGCUUUUCUUGGUACGUUUUCGGUCGUGUUGAACUUCUUGAAAUGUUUUAUAGCAUUCAUAACCAUGUCCUUAGAACAGUUCAAGUGAUUUGUUAUUUUUCUGUAUGACCAAUCUUUAUUUUCAAAAUUGAAAAUUAUCUUCCUAGUGGACGAAUGACAACUCUUGUUUUUUCCCAUAUUGCUGGGUUGAAAACGUAUUAAUAUUAAUUAAAAAACUAGGUUUUAUAUGUAAUAUCGACGUUUCAUGAAAAUACGCGGCAAAACAAAGAAAAACAGAAUGCAGUUUUUUAUUUAUUUUUUUAAAUGCCGAACACAGCUUUUACUGUCUUUAAUUAGCUGGCCAGCUACAAGUAUGUUAAAAAAGUUUGUGUUAUAUUCCCAUAGUGAGCAGUGUCUAAACUAGUAACAAACACAAGUAUUUUUUGUCGCACAUUGUAAGAAUACAAGGUCGUGUAUAGUUUAAUAACAAUUACACUAGAUUAAAUACCAAUUUUAGCUAAUUUUAGUACCAUUUAUUUUUUAUUUAUUUAUUUACUUUGUACAUACACAAUAAAAUAUUACAUUUUUAGUCGUUUAGUCGUUAUGUAAAGAAACACAAUGUUUGGAUGUCUA